AUGAAAAUCGGCAGGUUAGAGAUGGAGGAUAGUGAUAUGGAAACAACAACUGGUGAAGACACAAUUUCCGUGACUGAGUUCAAGAAUGAAGGAGAAAAUGAGGAUUCAUAUUCUGACGACAAGACCUUUGAAACCAACAUUACAGAGGGUGGUGAAACUGUUGAUUGCACUAUGUUUAGAGGGAAGCCGUACAAGGGCCUGACGUUUGAGGAUUUGAAAGAUGUUCGGUUUGACACCAUUGAGGAAGCAGACAAAUUCUACUUAAUGUACUCAGUUGCGAAGGGGUUCAGCAUGAGAAAGCAUAAACUGGAUUGGAAUCGACCUAAAACUUAUGUGGCGAGGAGAGAACUGGGCAAUCCGGACAAACGGGUGAGAACAUCACUGGGGGUUGAUAAUGAUACAAGUGUAGGUACGUACGACGUAGAGAAGAAAGUUUGCAGCAGGACUCGGCGAAUAUCUCGUAGAAAAUGCCCUGCUAGGUUGACUGUUAUUUACUGUCCGCAAAGCGGUGCAUACUAUGCAUCGGCAUUUAUCACCGCACACAACCAUCGUUUGGCUAGACAUGAGCAUAGGCAGUUUCUGAGGUCCAAUCAGAAGGUUGCGGACCAUGACCUGGCUCAGGUGAUUUCGCUGAGGAAGGUUUCUGUAGGUACUGCGCGUGCAUAUAAGUUCUUAGUACACCAAGCAGGAGGUUAUGAGUUUGUUGGAUUCAUGCUAAGGGACCUGCAGAAUAGAAUUCAGACACACCACGCCGAUAUAUUAAUGGACGGGGAUGCACAAUCUUCUUCAUUUCGUGAUUACAAUUUGUUUGGGGAUAUUCUCAUAUUCGACAGCAGAUACAAGACAAACAUCUAUGGCAAGCCGUUGGCUGUAUUUGUUGGAACCAACAACCAUAGAGCAACAGUUAUGUUUGGUUGUGCCUUGUUAGUUGACGAAAUGGAGGAAACAUACGAUUGGGUGUUGAGAGUGCUUCUUAGUUCGAUGAAGGAUAAGAAACCUAUUUCUGUGAUCAGUGACAGCGAUAAUGCGAUUCGUAAUGCUGUUGACAAUCUGAUCUUGGGUGCAAGACAUCGUCUAUGUGCAUGGCACAUUGGGAAAAAUGUUUGUUCUCAUCUGAAUGACGACGACACCAGAUGA